UAUUAACAACGCCGGGAGACAAAAUAUAUAAAUGCCCCAGCUUAACGCUGGCUGACGUACAGUAACAGUAACAGUGUAUCUUAAAUGGCAUUCUGGUUACUUACGAAAUAUUGAUACUGCUGACGGCGCCUGAACGCACCAUAAGAAGUUUAUACGGAGCCAGCUGUUGGAACCCGGUUAGUCUACUCUCCGCUGUGAGUACCGGGAACAUCAGCUCUCUCGGUUGCGGCGCACUCGGUGACAUUCUCCGUUCUCAAGGUUCCCCAGCCGGGGCAUGCCCCGCCAUGUUCGACCUAAACGGCGGCUGGAACUUGUCCUUCGCCGGAUGCGGGUUCCUGGGGAUUUACCACAUCGGAGUUGCCAGUUGCCUGCUGGAGAAAGCGCCUUACCUCAUUAAAGGGGCUACCAGGCUGUACGGGGCCUCCGCCGGUGCUCUAACUGCCGCGGUGCUCGCCAGCCAGGCACCCAUAACUAAAUGCUGUGAAGAUGUCAUUGAGGUGGCAAGGGAGGCCAGGAAGAGAAACCUGGGCCCCCUUCACCCAACCUUCAACCUCGUCAAGGUGAUGAAGUCCGGCCUGGACCGUGAUCUGCCUUCCGAUGCGCACACCCUGGCCUCGGGGCGGCUCUGUAUUUCUUUGACCAGAGUGUCUGAUGGAGAGAACGUGCUAGUGUCCGAAUUUAGCUCCAAGGAGGAGCUCAUCCAGGCGCUGAUCUGUAGCUGUUUCAUUCCCAUCUACUGUGGUCUGAUUCCUCCGUCCUUCAGAGGAGUGCGUUACGUGGAUGGUGGGAUCAGCGAUAACUUGCCGCAGUCCGAGCUGAAGAACACCAUCACCAUAUCUCCCUUCUCCGGUGAAAGCGACAUUUGUCCCCGGGACAACUCCAGCAGCUUCCAUGAGCUGCGCUUCACAAACACCAGCAUCCAAAUGAACCUGGGCAACAUGUACCGCCUCACCAGGGCUCUGUUUCCACCAGAACCUAAGAUACUGGCUGAGAUGUGUCAGAGCGGUUAUAAAGAUGCUCUACGCUUCCUCGAAGAGAACAACCUGCUGAUGCUGGAGUGUCCGAGCUCGGGGCCCUCCCCGGCAGAGAGCCCUGCGAGCUGCUGUUGCAACCACACUGAAACAACGAAAGAGUGGGUGCUCCGGAGGCUCCGCCUGCUGCGCAAACAACACUGGUGGUUGGAUGAGCAGAUCGCUCUGCCUACGUCAAUCAAGAAAGUGUUCUGCGAAGCCUGCCAAGAUAAAUCCGGCCUGUACGCUAAGGUGUCUGAGAUGCUGCCAGUGAGAGUGGCUUCCUACAUGCUCAUGCCAUACACACUUCCUGUACAGUCAGCCUACUCCGUGGCCCAGAGGUUUGUGGAGUGGAUCCCAGAGGUGCCAACUGAUGUGCGCUGGCUGUUCAGCGUGGCAGGUGAUGUGUACCGACAGGCCUGGAGAGGACAACCAGGCGGCUCCAUCAGUGAACCAAAUCUGAGGAAAUGCUUGAGUGUGCCUCCACUGCCUUCGGAGCGUGACGGUCCUCUGCAAAGAGACGCCCUGCCUGCUCUCUCCUCCCUCGACCUCCACGGAAACUACUGGGAGGUCCCCAAAUCUACCUCCUCCUCAUCCCAGCCUCACCCUCCUCUCAUCGCACCCUUAUCUCCACAACAAGUCUGCUUCUUUGUCGGAUCGCAGGAUGAACCCCACAGCCAUGAACAGCAGUAAAACAAUUCAGGACCUUCCCUUUACCAAUGAUGUGGCCACAUUUCAGCACAGAUGCUUUGGCCGGUGUUAAAGGUUUGAACAAAUGAGCACUACUGUGUAACUAUUUGACACGUUGACAGAACACUCCAAGUGUUUUAUAUUUUCAUGCAAUCUAGACAGCGUGACAACUAACCUAGGAUCAAAAAUUUUGUAAUCUGUUUCAAUGUGCUGAACAAAGAAACCUAUUAACCUCACGCCUACAGCCCUACCUAUCUGUUAGUUUGGAAUUAGCAUCCACUCUGGUACACUUCAUUUAAUGAAGUUUCUGUCACUUUAGAAAUUACUUUGUGGCUAGAUCCACAAUAAGCUAACAACAUUUUACAGUGCUGAAAAAGAAACUAUUUCCACAGCAUGCCAAAACUUGCCCCAUACUGGCCUUCUACUAGCUAGCUACGGAAAACCACAAAAGGACAAAAUGUGCACUAUAUCCUUUUCAACUGCUAGUUCCUGUUAUUUUGAAGAACAGGCUUUAGGAAAAUGAAUGACAGAACAGCUACUCAAAAAUGAAGCCAAAGCAAGUAGAGCUCCCCCUGGUGCAAGUAAUCGAUAUUGUGGCUCUCCAUGUCUCCACUAUCGGACUGUGCAGCACAGACUCUGGAUCGAAACUCACACGAUGACACCACCUGUAUACCUGGAAAGUAGCAUCAGUUUGGCCAAUACAAGGAGGUGGGGACAUGUUGCCAUAUUUAUACAGUCUAUGAUUUAAGGCAUUGAUUAUUCCCAGCAGAUUACAACAAUUUCAGCAGAGACAACUUAUCGGUUAUAGAACUGCUGUUGUCCCUCCUCUUCUGGCAUUCGUUUUAGUGAAUGAAUGUGGCCCUACUAUAACGUACCAUUUCAGCUAUAUGACACACUAGAACACCAAGCUAGUGUUUUCACAUUCCAAUGAGAGAAGAACAAAAAAAAAACAAAAAAGGUGUGUACACAUUCAGCUGACUGAACAAGCGUUACCUCAGGAAUUGAGGAAUAGCAUCACCACAACACGCAACAAGAAUGUUUUCAGCACUAGUUCCCACAAUUAGACCCUGCUUCUCAUUGUAACAUCCACUGCAAUGCAUGCAUUACUUUAAACAUUUUAACGAAGGUCCACGCCAAUUUAUGAGUAUACAUUACAAUAACUUAAUUACCUUUAACUCAGGUUAUGUCAAGUACAGUUGCAGCCUAAUCAGCAACUAAUUUUCGUACAUGUAAAGCCAGCAGCUCACCAGCAUUUUUGGAACCAAGCGGCUGCUGGUAUGUGUUUUGAAAGAACUGUAAAACAUAUGCAACCAGUGAUGUUAAAUAUCGGUGUUGUCAGUAGCUGUAGAUAAAAAUAACAGCUGUAUAAAAAGAAAGAGUGGCUUAUAAUUGUAAAACUUUGGGGUGUGCCAACAUGGAAGAGGGUUACUGAGGACUUAAGAAACUUUUUCACAUUCCACAACUAUUGUUUAAUCUGAAAUAAAAAGUAACAAUACAUUAACUUUUUAAAAUGGAAUGAUUUUAAUGUGUUGCCUUCUUCUAACUGUAAAACAUGAGCUAGAAAUGUCGUUUUCCUGCACCUUUGGAACAAGCUUUAUGGUCCAACCCUCAACCUUUAAAAUGUUUUGUGUCAGUUAUCACUUGUCUGUAACGGUAUGUUACCACACUCUUGUGUCAUGUACAACACUGUUAUUAUUUAAAAAUUAAACAAUUGUAAAUGGA